AUGAUUUUACUGAGAGGACAUGACAAUAUAGAAGAAAAAUCCGCCUCCUCUCACAAUAUCUAUUUUAGGCUUGUUUCUAUCUAUCUAUCUAUCUAUCUAUCUAUCUAUCUAUCUGUCCCAAGCUUUUCUUUCUUUCUUUCUUUCUUUCUUUCUUUCUUUCUUUCUUUCUUAAGAAUCUAUCUAUCUAUCUAUCUAUCUAUCUAUCUAUCUAUCUAUCUAUCUAUCUAUCAAGUUCUUUCUUUUUUCUUUUCACAUUCCUUCUUUCAUUCGAUUGUUUUUUCUUUCCCUAUUUCUUUCAUUUUUUCAAUUACUUUCUUUUUCUUUCGCACUUUCUUUUCUCUUUCUUUCUUUUUUCUUUCUUUCUUUCUUUCUUUCUUUCUUUCUUUCUUUCUUUCUUUCGCUUUUGUCUCUUUGUUUCUUUUUUGGCUCUUUCUUUCCUUCGCUUUCACUCUUUCUUUCUCUUGUUUUCGCUUUUUUUCUUUUUUUUUUUUUUUCUUUUUUUUUUUUUUUCUUUUUUCUUUCUUUCUUUCUUUCUUUCUUUCUUUCUUUCUUUCUUUCUUUCUAACAUCUGAAUGUUUUUUCUCUUACAUGCUCCUCUCUCUUUCUCUCGAUAUAUAUCUUCUUUUCUCUCUCUUUCUCUCUCUCUCUCUCUCAACCUCCAUUUAUCUAUCUUCCGAGAAAAGUAAAUAUCGCCUGUCUGAAUUUUCAGAUGGCUCUUAA